AUGUUGAACCAGAAGUUGACUUUUGCUUUAGCAGUAGCACAGAUACCGCUUGCCGGUGCUGCCACCCCAACGCUCCGGCCAUGGGUAUUCUCCCCCUUGCCGCUCGGCUCGGUGAAGCCCACCGGAUGGCUGCUCGGCGAGAUGACGGCCAUGGCAAACGGCGAGGCCGGCCACGAGCACGAUUUUUACGUCUACGUCAACCAGUCCAGCUGGCUCAACACGCCGGGCAAGGGUGGCUCCGAGUACAGCUCGCUCAACGAGGCGCUGCCGUACUGGUUCAACGGGCUGGUGCCGCUGGCGUAUCAGCUCGAUGAUGAGAGGCUCAAGGCGCAGGUCGACGAUGUGGCCGACACCGUGCUGAAUUUCCAGGCGCCGGAUGGAUGGAUCGGGCCAGAAGUGGGUGAUGCGCGCAACUUUUGGGCACGUACGCCCUUUUUUCUCGGCUUGACCCAGCUGGUCGAGGCGAACAGCUCGUGGGAAGACAGAGUCGUUACGGCGCUGCGCCGGUUCAUGACGCUGGCGAACAAGAUGCUGCACAACAACAGCCAGGGGCAUGUAAACUGCGCCAGCUCCGUGGACUGCACUUGGGGACAGGCAAGGGUGCACGACCUCAUCAUUACGAUCCAGUGGCUGCUGGAAAAGUAUCCGUCCGACCAGGAUUCGCUGUUGUGGGACAACAUGAACCUGUUCUACUCGCAGACCAACUACAAGUGGGCAGACUGGUAUACAGAGGGGGUGUUUCAGGAGGUUGUGAAUCCGAACAACGCAUCCAACUUUCCGUACAUCCACGGCGUCAACGUCGGUCAAGGCCUCAAACAAUCAUCCGUCAUCUACAGAAUGACUGGAGACGACGAAAUGCUCGUCAAGAGUCAAAACGCCGUCAACUGGACCUUUCAGUAUCACGGCUCGGCCUCUGGAUCCGUCCUCGCCGACGAGAGGGAGCGCGACCUGGCCCCUUACAUUGGCAGCGAACUUUGCACGGCCGUUGAGACAAGCUACUCCCUGGCCUACAUGUAUCAGGUUCUUGGCGACAACUCGUACGCAGACCGAGCCGAGCGGACCAUCUUCAACGCGUUUCCAGUGAUGCUGACGGGCGACAAGUGGGCGCACCAGUACAUGGACCAGCCCAACCAGCCGUUUGCCCUCAGCACCAUCGCCCCCGACGGCAGCGUGCCGCAGGUCUUCACGACGGCAAACAGCGGCGUGGCCACGACGUUCGGCAUGGAGCCGCUGUAUCCCUGCUGCACGGUGAACCACCCCCAGGGAUAUCCCAAGUUCGUUUCCAACAGCUGGGUGAUGUACAACGGCGGCCUGGCCCACGCCCUGCUGAGCCCCUCGACGGUGACGACGGUCGUCAACGGGGGCGCGGUCACGGUCGAGUGCGAGACAAACUAUCCCUUCAGCAACGUGCUUCGAUAUACGGUGACGGCGGCCAAGCCGUUUACGCUGUACCUGCGCAUGCCCGAGUGGUCCAACAGCAAAAUGUCCACCUUGUCUCAGUCCGGCGCGUCCACGUCCCGCCUCACUGCCGAUGCCGAUCCGACGACGGGCAUGACCAAGAUCUCUGUGAACCCCGGAAAGACGACAAUCACGUACGUUAUCGUUGGGAACGUGAGGACCGAGCCACGGCCUAGCAACAGCGUUGCUGUGUUUGCCGGCAACUUGCUCUAUGCGCUGGACGUGGGCUUCUCGCAGUCCUCGUCUCUUCCGCACGCGUACUACGACCCCAGCGGUCCUGGAAUCUCUGGGUUGCCCUUUACGGAGUUGCGGGACUAUUAUGUCAACAGCACGAAGCCGUGGAACGUGGCUAUCGAUCCCUCGACGCUGCGAUACCACCCCAUAAGCGACUCUGCGACUCUCCCCGACCCCAUCUUUGAGCAAGGCGCGCCGCCGAACUACAUGACUGUCGACGGCUGCGAGAUCAGCUGGCCGCUGUAUCUUGGCGUGACGCCGGAUGUGCCACCUUUGAAUAGAACGUGCGUCGGGAAGAGGACGUCGUACAGGCUUGUGCCGUAUGGAGGGGCCAAGGUGCACAUGUCGGAUUUGCCAACGAUUAAGUUUUAG